AUGGCCGCCGAAAAACGAGUCACAUUCACCGAAUCCAACACCGUUACCACCAAAACCCCCGUCCGCUCUACCAGAAGUUUAGCUCGCCGCGGAUCAGUCCGUACAGCGGGCUUCAACCGCCCACCCAAGACUGGACAAGUCAAGCGCGCUGGAGCGAUUAGACGUGGACACCGAAGAGCGUUGUCGAACCACAAGGAUGCGCGUGAUCUUUUCGAUUUCUGCGAUAUUCCGGAGGAGGAGGAGGAGAAGGGGGGUGCUUUGCGGAAUGUCCUCGAUACACUCGCUGAUGAGAGGGGUGUUAUGUCUACUGAAGUGAAGGUGCCCGACGCCCUCAUGUUCAUGACUUGUCUCUCUGCGAACAAGGAUGGUUCGCAGGUCGCUGUCGGUAGUGGAUCCAAGUCCCAAAACCUGUUCAUUUACGCACCUAUGGCGAGUUCGGGUCCUAAUCCUCCUACCAUGGUUCACAAGCAAACGCUGACUAUGCCCUCGCCUGUGUACGCAUUGGACUGGGCUCCAAGUGCUGUCCCCCGAGGAGAAGGAAUGGAGCAUCCCCUCCUCGUUGGAAGCAAGGACGGCAUGGUUCACCUCGUCGGUGUGAGAGCCGGAGAAUCUGGGCGUAUCAUUCGCCGCUUUAACCACAAAGCUCAUGUAGAGAUCCCUGCUUCGGCAUCAUCACGGAUCACGUCGCUCGGGUUUUUGCCGACCGAUAACCAGACGUUUCUCAGUCUUUAUCACUCCCACAUGUUCCUGUGGGAUAUCAAGCAAUCCAGCCAGUCCAUCGCCUACGGUCGCUUGUCUACCAACGCGCUCACUUGCGCAGCGGGUUCUCCUCUUACACCAGGACUUAUCGCUGUCGGUGGUACUUCUGUCGGCCAACGCGGUAUCAAACUCAUUGACACCCGCGCGGACUGGAGGCACGCAACUGGGCUUUCCUCCGCCCAUGACGGACCUGUGCGUAGCGUUUCCUGGUCGCCGUUUGUGGGCAGCUGGCUUGCUACUGGUGGUGAUGAUGGUGUCGUUCGUGUUUGGGAUAUCAGAAAUUUGAAAGAGACAGAGCCUGUUACCUGCCUGGCAGGACAGUCCAGCGGCAUUUCUUGGUCGAUGAAAACUCGUACCGCCUUGACAACCGCCUCCGCAGAUCGCAUCGUGCGUACCUGGGACUUCUCCGAAUCCCUCUGCUCAUCCACCUCGAGAACGCAACAGCCAUCAGCGUUUGAGCAGUCCGAGGCGUAUGUGUGGCUUCCAGAACAUGCUCGUCGCGCAGCAUUGAAACGGAAGGCGUUGUUUUAUGAUUUGCAUGGGCUUGAGCAGCCUGGGGAUGGAAACCUCGAUGGGGCACAUCAGAGGGUGUCGCAGGAGUGUAAGAGUGCUAUCGCCGGAUCAGCGAAGGCGAGGCAUAUUUGA